GGCCCAGAUUAUUCCUUGGGAAUCCGCUACCACCCCCAACGCCAGUGAGCUCAGCAUCUCCACCUCCUCGUCCUCCUCCCCCGUCGUCUCCGGCUCCGACUUCGACGAGAGGAAGGCAGGCAGGCAGGCAGGGGCGGGCCCGAUCGAUCCUUCCCCGAACCUCACACACGCCGCAGAAACUUCCAGAAGCCGGUCCGUUCCCAUCCUCUUCGGCGGCCGACCAGCCGGCCAGAUUCCCCUGAUCCAGGGAGGGAGGGAGAUGGGCCAGGCCUUUCGCAAGCUCUUCGAUGCCUUCUUCGGCAACAAGGAGAUGCGGGUGGUGAUGCUUGGGUUGGAUGCAGCCGGUAAAACCACCAUACUCUACAAGCUACACAUUGGCGAAGUACUCUCCACCGUCCCCACUAUUGGUUUCAAUGUUGAGAAGGUUCAGUACAAGAAUGUAGUGUUCACUGUGUGGGAUGUGGGCGGCCAGGAGAAAUUGAGGCCCUUGUGGAGGCACUACUUCAACAACACGGAUGCUCUGAUCUAUGUGGUCGAUUCCCUCGACAGGGAUAGAAUUGGAAGAGCCAGGGCUGAAUUUCAGGCCAUAAUCAAUGACCCAUUUAUGCUCAACAGUGUAUUAUUGGUGUUUGCUAACAAGCAAGACAUGAGGGGAGCAAUGACCCCGAUGGAAGUAUGCGAGGGUCUUGGUCUGUAUGACCUGAACAACCGCAUCUGGCACAUCCAAGGCACAUGUGCUCUUAAAGGCGAUGGCCUGUACGAAGGCUUGGACUGGCUAGCGACGACUCUGGAUGAAAUGCGAGCUACAGGGCGGUUAGCUUCGACAUCGGCGUAACGAGUAACAGGGAUGGAUCGUCUGUGUUUCUUGGCACCUCAUUUUUUUCUUUUUGUGUCUGCCCUGUGGCCGCCUUUUGAUGUGGUCAACAGAUUUGUUGUAGUAUGAAUGAUUCGCAAGAGGAGAUGCGUUUCUGAAGAGGGGGUGCUCCUCCUAGUUAGAAGCGCAUAUCUAUUCUGUUCUACUCUAGGACUGUGGAAUGUAAAUACUGAUGUUUUCUACUGAUGGCAUGACACGCUCAAUAUUUGUGGUUUAGUCUGAAGAAAUCACAGUAUUUACUCUA